GGUCCCAUGGUUGCUGCUGAUUGACCGUCCUGACAGUACAUCCUCCGACUGAAAGCUGUGCCACGGCUGACAACCUAAAAGUACACAGUGCGGUAUAGUGAGAUGAGUGACAUGCAGUGAAUUUGAUCAACAUGGCAGUGAACAGUCCCGGCGGGUAUCCGCCUGUGUCUCCCAAACCACUCACACCCAAAAGCCCCCGCCAUUUCGUCUUUCCCCAAAAGAGUCCUUCCUUCGCAUCAAGCACGUCUUCUUCAGGGUACUAUACUCCCCAGUCAGGCUGCAGCUAUGACAAACAACAUCCUCCAAAAUCCCCUAUCGCCCACGGUCAUAGAAGUCCAAUGAGCCCACGUCACUUUAACUUUCCUCAAAAGUCGCCAUCAGGCAGAUCCAGUCCUUGUAACUUCGAGAGAAUCUCGCAUAGUCAAGGAUUGCACUAUUCAGCUUCCCUAAAACACAGCCGCAGGGAAAAAUCGCGCUCCCCAAAGCCACCCCCCGUACAUAUCACUACAAAUCCUGGCUACGUGUCACCCAAUCGCACAAGAAAAUUGUACAGUUCCACUUCCACUGUCAGCUCACCACGUCUUGUGACGUCACCCAGUAUUGUUUCCAGUCACACGGAUGAUUCCAUGGACGCCAUGCCUGGAACUCCGUCCGCAAUAGCUCAAGAUGCCGACGAUGAAAUGACAACGACGUCUUCGAGAAUUUGCUGUCGAAAAUCAACAUCGGACCUGACCGAUUUCACUGAUGAUACGCCACAAACAAGGUCCACAAGUAUAAGCAGGCCAUGCUCACCCAUGAGAAGGGGUUCCAUGAAGGGAGGCCUUGCUUACUUAGCCAGUAGACGCGGUUCCAGAGAAUCGACGGUAUCCAAUUGCGAUUCUGUCGAAGAUAUUGGUCCGCUCAACUUUCAGAACACGAUGCGGGGCAGACAAAGACGGACGUCCAACUUUCUGGAAUUACCAGUGGUGGAGCACUCCCGGCCUCGAGUAUGCUCGCUUCCCGAAAAGCCGUACAACCCUCGCCUCUCCGAUGACCUGUACAGACUCAGGACCUUUUCCAUCACGACCAAGGGAGGCGUCGUCAACUGCGGUGACUCUAUCUGCAACAGACGGAGUCGAUCUAAUACUUCAGUCAAUUCUACUAAUAGCAGGGCGUCGGACCGCUCUCCAUUCGACGGAUCGUGCUGCUCUGGUUACAGGCCUGUGGACUCCGCAAGUCUGGACACGCCUGACGAAGACGACAUACUGCCCAUACCAAAAAACAGGGUGGUACUUUUGGGCGACGCAGGCGUCGGCAAGACGGCUCUUGUCUCGCAAUUUAUGACGUCAGAGUACAUGAACACGUACGAUGCGAGUCUAGUUAAGUUAAACGAUGAAUUCGGUGAGAAGUCUGUGUCGGUUCUCUUAGAUGGGGAGGAGUCCGAGCUGAUAUUCAUUGAUCAUCCCAGCACGGAGAUGUCGGUGGAGAAUUGUCUAUCAACUUACGAGCCUCACGCCUGCGUAGUGGUCUACUCGGUCGUGGCCAGGAGCUCAUUCACAAGGGCGGCUGAGAUCCUCGCGUACCUAUCCCGGGAACAGUUUACUGUCGAGAGAACAGUUGUGUUGGUCGGCAACAAAGCUGAUUUGGCACGGGCAAGACAGGUUACUACUAACGAGGGGAAAGCCCUGGCGACAUCGCGAGACUGCAAGUUCAUAGAAACAUCGUCGGGUAUCCAGCACAAUGUGGACGAACUACUGGUUGGCAUUCUGAAGCAGAUCCGGCUGAAGGAGAGUCGUGAUAAGAAGUUGUCUAAGAAACAGAAACCUGUCAAGGAGAAGACAACAAAACUGGCGAGCUCCCGCACCCACAUAUCUCUGAACAUCGCCCGCGAGCUGCUUCACAAGAUUUGUAUCAACGACAUUUCAAAGUCAAAAUCCUGCGAAAAUCUACAUGUGCUGUAAUUGCUCUAAGAUGAUUAUGGGCGCCUGGUACUUUUGGUUUACGUUGAAGAGGAUAGUCUUGCGAGCGCGCACUAUACAAAGGAAAUUUAUUUAUUCAAUCUCGAUUUAAGUAAUGGAACUUAAUGACAUGAUUUAGAAAUUAUUAUCCAAGUUAGUGGUUUAUUAGUAUUCCGUCAGUUACAAAAUAAUAGGCUUAUAAUUUUCUGAUAAUUAUUAUUUAGAAACAAAUGAACACGUAAUAUGAAAAGAGGGUGAAAAUAAUUCGAAACAA